AGAGGUUAGGAUAAAUUUAAAUUUAUUUUUUAUUUGUUUUUAAUGAAAUGUUACUGUAAUUAUUUGUAAUAUACUAAUUAUGGAACAAUACUGGCAUACAGUUUCAAGUGCUGGAACAUUUCAAUUCAAAAUAAGACCUGUUUUUGGGAUAGACUCCCUAAAUUUACAAAUAUUCGAACCAAAGCAAGCUUGGAGCGCAAAUAUUAAGAAAAAUGUAUUGGAAGAGCAGUCGAAGAAACACCAGACCGAGGUUUCGAGUUAUUUGAACAAUGUAAAGAAUUAUUUAAAACACCAUUCUGAUGAUGUUGAAUUGAAAUUUGUUGAAGGGCAUUUUACUGUUCAUGUUUUGCUUAAAAACAAAAUGAAGCUUUUAUAUUUUGAAGCAACAAUGCUUAAAACUGAUUUUGGCACAAGUUUAUUUGAAGUAACCGACAAUUUCUAUGAGAAUAAUACGAAACAUUUGAAAGAAUUAAUGGAAUUGAAAAAUCAAAAUAGUAAACUUAAAGAAAAUAAUGAAAGAUUGAAGAUAAAGCUUGAAGAAUUUGUAGAAAGAAAAAACAAGGAUGAACAAGAACUGUUAUCAAAAUUCCUGAUGUUGCUGAAUGAAAAAAAGAGACAAAUUCAGCACUUAAAUGAUCUGUUAUUGGCUUUUAAAAAAGGCAGACCCGUGACAAAUCCUGUUAAACCCACUAAAAUUGGUAAGAAAUCUGGUAAAAAUAAGCCUGUUCCUCAAACACCGAUUAGUGAAAGUGAGUCUGAAGAUUCAAACAAUACAGACUAUGAGACAGAUAGUGAUAGUAGCAGUAAUGAAGACCAACCAGUAAUUGUUGAAAGUAAAAAGAAGCUUGAGAUUGAACCGAAGCCAAGUACAUCGAAAACAAAGUUCUGUUUUGAUGAUGAUUCACCUCCUUUACCUUCACUAACCAAAAGACUACGAAUAAGUAGUGACUCUAGUCUUAAUACUACUCCGGAAAAUACCAAAUGCGAGAAAAGUAAAGGAGAAAUAGUUGAAAGUGAAAGUGCUAAAGCUAUAAGCACAACUAUAGAAAAUACAAAAACAAGUAAAGAAGAAAUAGUAGAAAGUAAAAGUGCUAAAGCUCCAAGCAGUGAUUUUAUGGAAGAAUCACCAACUGUUGAUUUUAACACACAAGAAUUACUUGAUAAUAUGUAGUUAUAAGGUAAUAAAGUAUUUUUUAAACAUUUAGGGCAGUCUCUUUCAUUAAACCAAAAGUAUGC